CUCAGAGGGUUAGGGGAGGAGAGAGGGUGGAAGCAAAAGAGUGGGGACUGGAGGUUGAGCACGAGAGAGGCUGAAUCACAGAGACAAAGAGCUGGAGCGCGUGAGACGCUCCGUGGUGUGAAUGAACGAUAAACAGGACUACCUUUAUCCCCCUUCUUCUUCUCUGGAUUUUACACCCACAAAUUCAACGCUCAAACAGGAUUGUUCUCCUUCUCUCUGCACAACAGCUCCAAGGUCCCUAACAGCAGAAAUGCCGUAUAGUGUCCCAGUCCAAGAUAUGGUUUCCUGAGCGGCCGUACCCCCUACCGACCACAAGGUGUAAAUCCAGUCCAUCCCGGGCGAUGACUACUCUGCUUCCCAACGUCAGUGUUCCUGGGAGUGCAGCAGUUCUGCUGCCGACCGCAGACUGUCUGACUAACAUCAGUGCAGCCGCACGCCACGGACUCGCUUCAGGCCAGUCACUGGCGCCGCUCUGCACCCUUUGUUGCUGUGGAUUUAUCAAUCGGACUUUGGCAGUGGUGUUCAUGCUCAGCCUGGUGUUUGCCAUUGUGAUUGGAAAUGUGAUCACCCUCACUGUUUUUGUGCAAACGAGGCAGUCCCGAACUCCACAGGGAUACCUGAAAGUGUCCCUGGCCAUAGCAGAUAUGAUGGUCGGUGUCCUUGUGGUCCCAUUCUCCGUCUACACUGAGAUCUCACUCAUGGUGACCAGCGCACCACCCAUUUGGUACCAGGGCAGUUCUAUUUCCCCGGCCACCUCUUCUUCUCCCGGGGGGCUGGUGAGCCCUUGGCAGCCCUGCAUGCUGAUUGGACCUGUGUUUGCUGGAUGCACCUUUGUCUCCAUCAGCACCAUCUUCCUCAUGACACUGGAGCGAAGCGUGGCCAUCCUACGGCCCCUGCAUAAGGACGCCCUGGUGACCCGCAGAAGAACUCUGCUCCUCAUCCUGCUCUCCUGGGCUGCCAGCUUCCUCCUGGCCAUUGCGCCCCUCAUGUUCAGCAGAAACCUCACUUUGGAGUACAAUGAGUGCAGCCGUAUGUGUAACUACACUCCACUGUUGGUCGGGGGCCAGCUGCCAUCUGAUGCCAACAUUUUGCUGUUAUUCCCAGCCUUUGACUUCACAUUGCUCGGUGUCACGUUAGCAGUGAACAUCGUGUCUUUCACUAGCAUUCGGCGAUACUCCCGUAAACGCAAACUGCUGUCAGAGGGGAGUCUGAGUGACGGAGGCGGAGGAGGGGCUGCGGGGGGAGGAGGAGGAUGCCCUCACAGGCCCUCCUUUUCAGACAUCAAAGCUGCUAAGACAAUCGGCAUACUGACAUUUGCCUUCACAGCAUCCUUCUCGCCCAUCGCAGCUUUUGUGCUCGGGAACGUCGUGGGAUACACCUGGUGUAACUUCUCCUUUUUGGCCUUCUGGGUCCUGACAGGAAACAGUUGCUGCAAUGUCAUUAUCUACAGUGUCAGGGACCACCGCUUCAGGAAGGGUGUGACUUUGCUCUUUCAGCGAGACCACUCAGCCCCACAUGGCGAGAAGUCCUGAGGGAACAUCAUCACGUCUAAAACUCACUGUUUAACAUUUAUAUAUAUUUAUAUGUAUAUAUAUAUAUUUUUUAAACACUGUUAACACAACAAGAUGUGGUUGCAUAAGAGGUUAUGUUGUGAACUAUUUGUUGGCUAUGAAACAUAAUUUUUCAUAACCUAAAGAUAAAGAAAAGAACGAGACGCACCGUGCUUGUGAGUUUUUAAGGGCUUUGUGGUUUUCGGACAAAGCCGGGGUACAUCGUGCAAAGCUAGGCUAGAUGUUUCCCGGCAUCAAACUUCAUAUUUACUAAAGCCCAUGAUUGGUCUCAUCCAACUCUUGUGAAGUGCAUGUCACAAACUGUCAAACUAUUCCUUUAUUCAAGUGUAAAGAUAAUAUGACAUUAACAAAAAAAAGCGAAUUCAAACGAAAAGUAAUACUUUUCUGCUUAAAGUUGUCUAUGGAAGACAAAUUGAAAAAUGUGGAGCUCCUUCAACAUUUGGCUUCAGACAAACUGUCACCUUCUUUUCUGAAUCUACAUCAGAGGGCUUUAUGAACUUUUCAAUGACUUCAGGACACCAUACCUACUGUAUUGUAUCUGACAAUCCACAAUAACAACACUGUUAUUGUCUUGUUUUUAUGGUAUUGGUGAGCUUGUCACCUAUUAAAUUACAAGGGAUGUUGUUAAUGUUUUUGGUCUCUUUGGAAUAAUGUGGUUUACAAUGAAUUUGGUGUAGGUAAGUUUAUAAGAUCUAUGUUAUGAAUUUUUACAGAUAUUUAUUUUAAAGCAUUUAACUUCAAUCCGUUAUCAGAAACUCACUUUGACUGAAAGUCAAAGUCAAAAUGUUAGCAAUUUGCACCAAGCUACAUAGUGUUACAUACUUUUGUACAAUUUUUAUUUUUCAGCGUUUCACAGUUUUGGAUAUUUUUGUCAAACCAAAUGUGAGGAAAAAAAUAAGCCCUUAAAUUGUUCCGGCUUUUCAGGGCGUAAUGUACGGUAAUUGUAAUAUAUUGAAUUAUCUCACUUGUUUGUCAUACGUAUCAUUUCACAUAAAGAUCAGGUUGAAGGUCGUUUUGCAGCAUAAAAUGGUUGUUGUUUCUAUGAAUGAAAUGGUUGCAAUGCUGCAUGUUAUUCUGCCACAACUAAAAACGUUUGAAAUGGUAAAAAUACAACAACACCAAUAACGAUAGAGAUUUUUGCCUUGCUACAAAUUGCUCUAAAUUGCUCUCAGAUGAAUACAACUAACAAUUGGUUAACUUGCCACCAAACAGUAAGAUGCAUCUCAUUCGAAUUUAAAAACAUUCAGUGGUGGAAUGACGUCAACUUAAAUAUGUUAAUGUGUCAUUGUAGUUUAAAAAUCUGUCCCACUCGUGGAAAAGUAAAAAAUAUAAGGCAUCCUAAUCAUUGAGUAUGAUUAUUGCUGUGCUGGUAUUGAAAACCUCUUCAGAAUUCUAUCAGUAGUGCGUAAUUAAUCGGUGGUGAUUGCAUCAGAUCUGAUCAUAAUAAAUGUGU